AAUUAACAACAAAUCAAGCAUACCAUGGUGUCAAAUAAAGGGGAUUUGUGGGCACAGUGCUAUUAGUGGCUGAUCUCAGUCAUUCAAGGAAGCUAUUAAAUCUGUGAACGUUAGCAUUCUGCCAAGCAAUGAGAUCUAGUCCUUAGCGCCUCCCAUACACACUGAUUCUUUACUGAUUUGGAACAUCUCCCUCUCCUGACUCCCUCCACCUUGCUUCAUCUCCUUCUAUACUGUCCUGGAAAUCAAUGAAUGGUAAUUCAGUGUAUCACUAGCUAGUGCCUGAAUAAGAGAUUUUGUGUCUGCUACACCUCCUGUUCCAAAAGAAACGUGCACUGCAUAAAUUUAAUUGGUUACAUUAAUGUGUAAGUCUUGUCUGCAAAGAGAUGGAUAUGUUUCUGAAUAAUCUGCAGAAGGGCAGAGUUUUGAAUAUAUGGCACUGCUUCUAAUUUGCUGUUGCUCCAAUACAAUCAGACUGAGGCAUAAACUACCCAUUUCAAAUAUUGGUGGAUGACAACGCUGGCUUGAACAAAGUGACCAGUCUCAAAUGGCUACUCCUCUAUGGGCUGCAGGUUGCUAGGGCUUUGGCUGUCUGUUUUCCCCGCCGAAAAGGGGCGGGGAAAGUUGGUGUGUUUGGGGGAAAAAAAAAGAACAUACAUACAUGUUGUUUGCCUCUCAUUAGAGGUAAUAAACCUAUAGAAGGAAAUGCUGUUGAGUCGGAGGAAGGCAAAAAGAUAGGUUUUUUCUUUUGUUUUGUUUUUUGGUUUUUUUUUUUUUUUUUUUUUUUUGUCCUCCAAUGCUGCGACGCAUUAACCCUGCUGCUAUUGGGAUGUUCUCUGCUCAGCCUAUUGGCUGAACCUAGGAGCUGCUGUCUGCCAAUCGGGUGGUGGAAGGCAGACAAAUCUACCCCGCCACCAGCAAAAACGGCCUGUAACCCUUGCGGUGCCGGCCCAGCCGCACCAGAGCUGGCGCCACGAAGAGAGAUAGGUGUCUCCAGCUGCUGUUGUCGUUUGGGGCGGGUCGGCUUCUUCUGCUUCCCAGGACCAGGUAGAGGACUAACGGGAAGCAGCAAUGCUCCGCAAGGUGGGAAGCUGGGUAGAAAUCUGCUGGGGGGCUACCCUUUUGUUCCUCAUUUGCCACCUGGGUUACGUUUGUGGGCAGAUCCGCUACCCGGUCCCAGAGGAGUCACAAGAAGGGACUUUUGUAGGGAAUGUCGCCCAAGAUUUCUUGCUGGAUACAGAGACUCUGUCAGCUCGUAGGCUGCAGGUUGCUGGAGAGGUGAACCAAAGACACUUCCGUGUGGAUUUGGACAGUGGAGCCCUGCUCAUCAAGAAUCCAAUUGAUCGAGAGGCACUGUGUGGACUCAGUGCCAGCUGCAUCGUGCCCCUGGAGUUUGUAACUGAAGGGCCUUUGGAAAUGUACCGAGCGGAGGUAGAGAUUGUGGAUGUGAAUGAUCACGCCCCCCGAUUUCCUCGGCAGCAGCUAGACUUGGAAAUUGGGGAGGCAGCUCCUCCAGGACAGCGUUUCCCCUUGGAAAAGGCUCAGGAUGCAGAUGUGGGGAGCAAUUCUAUCAGCAGCUAUAGACUAAGCUCCAAUGAACACUUUGCACUGGAUGUCAAGAAGCGCAGCGACGGCAGCCUGGUCCCAGAGCUGCUCCUGGAGAAGCCUUUGGAUCGAGAGAAGCAAUCAGACUACCGCCUGGUGCUGACUGCUGUGGAUGGAGGGAACCCCCCGAGAUCUGGCACUGCAGAGCUCCGGGUAUCAGUGCUGGACGUGAAUGACAACGCCCCAGCCUUCCAGCAAUCCAGCUACAGGAUUAGUGUGUUGGAGAGUGCUCCUGCCGGCAUGCUACUCAUCCAGCUCAAUGCCUCUGACCCAGACCUGGGUCCCAGUGGUAACGUCACCUUUUCUUUCAGUGGUCACACCCCUGAUCGUGUGAGAAACCUCUUUAGCCUUCACCCUACUACUGGAAAGCUUACCCUUCAGGGGCCCCUAGACUUUGAGAGUGAGAAUUACUAUGAAUUUGAUAUUCGGGCUCGUGAUGGGGGUUCUCCAGCCAUGGAGCAACAUUGCAGCCUUCGGGUGGAUCUCCUAGAUGUAAAUGACAAUGCCCCCCACAUCACAGUGACCUCAGAGCUUGGGACUCUUCCAGAAAGCGCAGAACCUGGCACUGUAGUGGCACUCAUCAGUGUACAGGACCCUGACUCAGGGUCAAAUGGAGACGUGAGCCUCCGUAUUCCUGACCACUUGCCAUUUGCCCUCAAGUCUGCCUUCAGGAACCAGUUCUCCUUGGUGACUUCUGGGCCCUUGGACCGAGAGGCCAAAUCCAGCUAUGACAUCAUGGUCACUGCUUCCGAUGCUGGGAAUCCUCCCCUGAGUACCCAGAGGAGUAUUUUCCUCAAUAUUUCAGAUGUGAAUGAUAACCCACCCUCUUUCUUCCAGAGGUCACAUGAGGUGUUUGUUCCUGAGAACAAUCGCCCAGGGGACCUGCUUUGUUCCCUUGCAGCCUCUGAUCCAGACUCUGGCUUGAAUGCACUCAUCUCCUACUCUCUCCUGGAGCCCAGAAAUCGAGAUGUGUCAGCUUCUUCUUUCAUCUCUCUGAACCCCCAAACAGGAGCUGUUCAUGCUACUCGAUCCUUUGACUAUGAACAAACACAGACAUUGCAAUUUGAGGUGCAGGCCCGGGAUCGGGGCAACCCACCUCUUAGUAGCACUGUGACAGUUCGUCUGUUUGUGCUGGACCUCAAUGACAAUGCCCCAGCUGUGCUGCGUCCUAGGGCCCGGCCUGGUUCUUUAUGUCCGCAAGCUCUGCCUCCAUCAGUUGGUGCUGGCCAUCUAGUGACAAAGGUGACUGCUGUGGACUUGGAUUCAGGUUACAAUGCUUGGGUUUCCUAUCAGCUCCUGGAGGCCCCAGACCCCAGCCUGUUUGCUGUCUCUCGCUAUGCUGGGGAGGUUCGGACGGCAGUUCCCAUCCCAGCUGAUCUCCCACCACAGAAGCUGGUCAUUGUAGUAAAGGAUAGUGGUAGUCCACCACUCUCUACCUCUGUUACUCUACUGGUGUCCUUGGAGGAAGAUACUCAUCCAGUUGUCCCUGAUCUUCGAGAAUCUUCAGCUCCAAGGGAAGGAGAAUCCCGCCUGACCCUCUAUUUGGCUGUAUCACUAGUGGCAAUUUGCUUUGUCUCCUUUGGCUCAUUCGUUGCACUACUGUCUAAGUGUUUGCGUGGGGCUGCCUGUGGAGUGACCUGCUUUCCUGCUGGCACCUGUGCCUGUCUCACCCGAUCUCGAAGGAGGGAGGGGCUUCCUCCUUCCAAUGGGAUCCUGCGAAUCCAGCUAGGGUCAGAUGAUCCUAUCAAGUUUGUUGAUGUGGGCGGCCACUCUCAUGGCUGUACACCCUUGGCUUCUGCACCCACUCGGAGUGAUAGCUUCAUGAUGGUGAAGUCACCCAGUGCACCUAUGGCAGGGGAGCCUGUUCGCCCAAGCUGCCCACCCUCUGAUCUUCUGUAUGGGCUAGAGGUGAGACCUUUGCAGGCUCAGCCAGUGCUUGAGAGUUAUUCUGAUCCAAGCACAUGGCUGGGUCAUGUCCCUGGGACUGUUGGUCUCUCUGCAAGAGCCCAUAGUGAGUGGUAAUUAUGUGGUAGAUGGUGUGCUUUAGAAGUAUUUUGUGAAUAACCAGGAAGUUGUCACAGAUUAGUACUUGAGGUGGAUUAUGUACCUGAAGGUAAGAAAUGAAGGUAAUGAUCAAGAGCCAGGGUAUUGUGGAAGCGUGGUGCCAGAAUGUGGGAGCAUAGAAGGCUAUCCUGUACAGGGGUAGGAUGUAUCAGGCAGUCACCUAAACCCAAGAGGUUGCUUUCUCUUCCUGAAUGAGGGGGGCAGGUUCUGGACUACCUUAACUCUAGGUUACCAUUUCCCAAUGAAUCUAGGGUGACUGCUGUAUUUGCCCCACAAUAUUAAGUACCUCCUAACCCACUAUAGAGAGAACUCGCUGCUUGAAACAGCAGAGAGCACAAAGAGGGGAGAGCUGAAGGGGAAGUAGGGAGGCAUCAGGAUGCAAGCAGAGAUCUUUUAGUCCAAGUCUUCAGGAAUCCCAUUCAGGUUCCCACUGAGAUUUGAGCUAGAUGCAAAAGAAUUGGGGGCAGGGGAGCAUUACUUCUUUGGGGGGGAAAGCAACAUGUGAGUAAAAUCACUUCAUGUCAGAAAACUGGUUACAGCUGAGGAACUCAGAGGCAGCCACUCUGGAAGUCUUUAAGUAGACUUUUGAAUUAGUGCAACCAUAAAUUCUAGAGACCACGCCUGGUUUCUACUCACUCUCCUGGGUGACCUGGAUCAGUUCCAGGAAUGUUCCCCCUACUAAAAGCUGUUAUGCUCAUUCCAUAGCUCAAGUCGGGGAUCUCACAAAAGCUGAGUCCUGUAACCAUCAGCUGACAUUGAGAUUCCUCAAAGCAUUGAUGGAGAGUCAGA